AUGCAGGGUACGUCGUGCCAAAUGUGCGGCGUAGCUGUAGGACCCUUGAUUCCUGUUGAGAGCAUCCUGGGCGGGGCCGUCAUGAAGAAGAACGAGUCCAUGGACCCGGAGAUUGGCACCGUCCUGAUGUUCCUGUCUUUGCUGGGCUCGGUUGCGACCAUGGUGGUGUUUUGGUGCUGUCCUCAGGUGAUGCGCCUUUCUCCCACGAAUUAUAUCCUGCUGGGGGUGUUCACCUUCGCCAAAAGCGUCAUGGUUGGCUUCAUCUGCAGCCAGUACAGCGAGGAGUCGGUGCUGGUCGUCCUCGGCCUGGCGUGCUUCAUCCAGGCGGGCCUGACCGCGUUCACGGUCCAGAAGAAAUGCGAUUUUAUUGGUUUCGCGUCGUACCUGAUGUGCGGAUCACUCGUCAUGCUCGGCAUGAGUUUCGGUCUGAUAUUCGGUUCCAUCUUCGGUCUUUCGGGCGCGGCCUUCCAGACCGCCCGUCUCUGCAUGUGUGGGCUUGGCGCCUUGCUCCUUGCAACCUACAUCGUGUACGACACCCAGAUGAUCCUUGGGAACAAGCACCCAAACCACAAGUUCUCGGUUGAUGAGUACGCCGCGGCGGCCAUCAUGCUCUACAUCGACAUCAUCGUCCAACUGUUCCUCUACCUCCUGGAGCUCCUCGGCGACCGCAGGGACAGCCGCAACCGCGGCGUGAGGGGUGCCCGCGCCCGCUUCCAGCCGGUGUUGCACCUCGACCGGAACAGCUACUACGGAGGCGACUGCGCGUCCCUAAACAUCACCAACUUGUGGGAGAAGUUCCGGCCCGGCACGGCCCCGCCGAAGGAGCUGGGCGCGAACCGCGACUGGAACGUGGACCUCAUCCCGAAGUUCAUCAUGGCCUCCGGCGAUUUGGUGAAGAUACUCUUAAAGACGAAGGUGUCCAGGUACUUGGAGUGGAAGUCGUGCGAUAGGAGCUACGUGUACCAGCCGCAAGAAGCAGGGUUGUUCAGCGGAGCAAAGUACAUCCACAGCGUGCCGACAACCGCGCAG